AUGGCUCCUCCCUCGUCCUCCUCUGAGGCGGCGGUUGGAACUUGCCGCACCGACGCCAUUUUGUGCAGAGUGGGCGGGAAGAUGAGGAAGCAGAGAAGACGAGGAGCGCCGCCGCCGUUCUUCUUCUGACAGGGUCUUUCUGCCUCUGAGGGGCCGACUCGGGUGGGACGUGACGGGUUCCGGUGCCAUGGAGCCAGCUGGGCCGCGGGGGCCGCCUGGCGGGGUCGGGGGCGCGCCGCCGCCUCCUCCUCCUCCGGGGCAGUCCCGGGAGUACAAGCUGGUCAUGCUGGGCGCUGGCGGCGUCGGCAAGAGCGCCAUGACCAUGCAGUUCAUUAGUCAUCGUUUCCCAGAAGAUCAUGACCCCACCAUCGAGGAUGCUUACAAAAUGCGAAUAAGGAUUGAUGAUGAACCUGCUAAUCUGGAUAUUUUGGACACAGCAGGCCAGGCUGAAUUUACUGCUAUGAGAGACCAGUACAUGAGGGCAGGUGAAGGGUUUAUUAUCUGUUACUCAAUCACGGACCGCCGAAGCUUCCAUGAAGUGCGUGAGUUCAAGCAGCUUAUCUACCGUGUUCGCCGUACUGAUGAGACUCCAGUGGUUCUUGUGGGGAACAAGUUUGAUCUAGCUCAACUUAGACAGGUCUCCAAGGAAGAAGGCUCAGCCUUGGCUCGGGAGUUCGGCUGCCCUUUCUUUGAAACCUCAGCCGCCUUUCGCUUCUAUAUCGACGAAGUGUUUCACACUCUUGUUCGCGAAAUCCGGAGGAAGGAGAAAGAAGCUGUCAUGGCGAUGGGGAAGAAAUCUAGGCCCCGGACGAGUGUGUGGAAAAGGUUGAAGUAUCCAUUCCGGAAGAAGAAGAAUUCUGUGACAUGAGCCAAAUAUGUCCUUCAGACAAAGGACUGGGUGGUUCACAAGAGAACUGAAUUGGUUCAUCAGCAUUUGAGCCUCCUGCUCGUUUCUGCUGACUGUGUCAAUUGAGAUACUUUUCUGUGUUCAAAGUUUGGGCUGCCAUUCCUCUAUGGAGUCAUUCAACCUUGCUGUUGAGAGCUUGUCAUGCUAUAGCGCAUGCUUCAAAUUUGUGUCAAAUCUGUUUCUUCCUGGAGAAGACUUGGGCUCCUCCCAAAAAAAUCAUUGAUCCAGAUGUUUCUAAUCAAGCUUUUCAAAAAAAGAACAAAAUGCGUAACUAACUUGUCUGCUGCCCACAUAUCCUUCAUGCCUCGCAAGGGUGGUGUGAGCCAGUUCGUCUGAUAUUUGAUUGUUGCUAAUAUUCGGAUUGCUUUUGGAUUUAGGUGUCUGUGUCUCAACAGCAUUUUGAGAGGUUGUAAUUGAGUCCCAACUGUGCUGUUCUGAAGCCCAGUUGCACAAUCCAUUACAAUUUUCUAGAACAGUAAGAAAAUGUAUGAGAACAAUUUCAUGAGCUUGAUCUGCUGGGAUUUGUGGGCCACGAGUGCAGCAGGCAACUUGGUUUCUUUCAGUUGUGAGGAGAAUGCUACGAAGAAUAGUUGUAUCAAAUCUUUAUCCUCGUGUUUUUCCCCCACUAAGUUGUUGGAGUCCUGUUAGGAUGGGCAGAACAAUGUCUAGGCAAAGUCAUUGAAACCUUCAAAGCACAGGUGAUGCCAACAGCCCUGCAACUAUGCAUGCCUGUCACACAAGCGUCUUUGCAUGUGCAGUUUCUACUGUGACUGUAAUAAUUACACUCCAUUUGUAUUAGUAGUUUCCCUGUUUUUAAACUUUUUUCCAGUGCCGUAUUCUUUUAAGUUUUGCAUAAAACUUUGUUUUUUUCUCCCUUCAUGUGGGGGAGGCGGCGCUGGAUUGUGAAGAAUUAACUGCAAAUAGUUUGCACCACUUCUCUGGGGCUAUGAUCCCCAAUUCUGUAAAUAAUAGGAAACUGCAAGUUUCAAAAUGACUUGAAACAAGAGGUGGUUAUAAUUCAAAACUUGCAGCUUACUGUAUGAAGCAAAGUUAUGAACAAAUGAAGCUAGAGAUUUCCCUUUUGGGGAGUGGGAAAAACUUUGUGCCUUAAAGUUUGACUUUGCAGAAUUCAUUGUUAUGUUUUGUGCUCAUUUGUGACCCUCCCAUUUUCUGUCAUAAUUAUAUCUGAAUAAUAAGCACUUUUUUUGGGGGGGGGGGACAACAUUCGUUAUGUUUAUGUUUCACAUAUACUUUUGUAUACAUAAGCUGAGAAUUGUAUUUGACACUAUAAAGAAUUUGUUUUUUAAAAA